GUUCGGCAUGAUAUGAGGGCGGCGGGGAGAAAGCGGUAGAACUGAACGUCGGGGGCGAGCGGGAUCUCUGGCUGCAAAGUGGUAGGUAGCCCUUCCUACUAUGAGAGCUGCUCGGCCGAGAGUCAAGGCCGACCGGGAUAAGCGAUAGGCAGCUCUACCUACUACGCUGCUUAGAGCAAAUGGACACCGCCUCUGGUCGGAACUGAUGGAGGCCCCUCUCUACAACGAGACUUGCAUGCUUAAGCAAGUAGCUGGAGCGGAAGCCAUUGGGGCGGCUCCCCGCCACCACGAGAGCAUCCUGCCUGUAAGCAAGCAGCUGGAGCGGAAGCCAUGGGGCGGCACUGUGGGAAUCGUCCCCGCCACUAUGAGAGCAGCCUGCUCCGCAAACCAGGCAGGCAGCGCCAUCUGCUCCCUAUACUACGAGAGGUGCUAGCUUAAGCAAGGAUGUGAUUUCAUUGAGAGCAACUGUACCAGCAAGGAAGACCAUUAUGGCAUCUGGGACGUAUUGCGUGGCCAUCAACGGAUGCCUCUCUAUUACGUCAGCUACCUGCUUAAGCAAGCAUGACCAUUAGUGAAGCAAGUAGGACCAACGAGGGCGUUUGGGAUGUGAUUGCCACUAUCGGAUGCGCCUCUGCUACGUCAGCUACCUGCUUAAGCAAACAGGAGACGGCCCGUGAGCGAUUAAGCAAGUAGGAGGGAUACAGAUUAGAGCCACGUGGAUUUUUCAAAUUCCAAGUAAGACCAUGGUAAAGCGAUUGUCGUUGGAGGGUGGUUAGUGCAAGCCAAAUUGAUCUGACCAAUAAGGUGAGUGUAAGGGG